ACACAACACAUACAUAUCUACAUUGAAAACAAAGCUAAAUAGUAAUAAUCAUCAUGGCUAAGUUUGCUUCCAUCAUCACCUUUAUCUUCGCUGCUCUUGUUCUCUUUGCUGCAUUUGAAGAACCAACAACUGUGGAAGCACAGAAGUUGUGCGAGAGGCCAAGUGGGACAUGGUCAGGAGUUUGCGGAAACAGUGGCGCGUGCAAAAAUCAGUGCAUUAACCUUGAGAGAGCACGACAUGGAUCAUGCAACUACGUCUUCCCAGCUCAUAAGUGUAUCUGUUACUUCCCAUGUUAAUUUACCUAAAAAUCUUUUGUCCUUCGUGUGUGUAUUUUACAUAAAAUAAGUCUGUGUCAUUCUAUAAAUGACUUUAUGACAU